CCCAGUCGCAGCAAGGAUCCGCGGUCGGCGGGACUUCCGUGUUGGCGGGAUUCUGAACGCUGCCAUGGCUCAGACUGUGCAGAACGUUACAUUGUCGCUCACUCUGCCCAUCACGUGCCACAUUUGCUUGGGGAAGGUGCGCCAGCCUGUCAUAUGCAUCAACAACCAUGUAUUUUGUUCAGUUUGUAUCGAUUUAUGGUUGAAGAAUAAUAGCCAGUGUCCAGCUUGCAGAGUCCCCAUCACUCCUGAAAAUCCUUGCAAAGAGAUUAUCGGAGGGACCAGUGAAAGCGAACCUAUGCUAAGCCAUACAGUUCGUAAGCACCUUCGGAAAACUAGACUUGAGUUACUCCACAAAGAAUAUGAGGAUGAAAUAGAUUGUCUGCAGAAAGAGAUGGAAGAACUCAAAAGUAAAAAUCUCAGCUUGGAGUCACAGAUCAAGACUAUUCUGGAUCCUUUAAUCUUCACACAGGGCAACCAAAGUGAAGACAAACAUCCAGUUGUAGAUAAUCCAAGUAAAAUUGACCCAGAAACUGUAGCAGAGUGGAAGAAAAAACUUAGAACAGCUAAUGAAAUAUAUGAAAAAGUAAAAGAUGAUGUGGAUAAGUUAAAGGAAGCAAAUAAAAAAUUAAAAUUGGAAAAUGGUGGCCUCAUGAGGGAGAAUUUACGACUGAAGGCUGAAGUUGAUAACAGAUCACCCCAGAAAUUUGGAAGGUUUACAAUAGCUGCUCUUCAGUCCAAAGUAGAACAGUAUGAACGUGAAACCAAUCGCCUCAAGAAAGCCCUAGAACGAAGUGAUAAGUAUAUAGAGGAACUAGAAUCUCAAAUUGCACAGCUAAAAAAUUCAAGUGAAGAGAAGGAAGCAAUGAAUUCCAUUUGCCAGAACACGCUUUCUACUGAUGACAAGGGGAGCAAAGGCAGCAAGGAAGAUAUGCCUUCAAAGAAUCAAGGUGAUGGUGCCAGAAAGCAGCUUUGCUCAGCCACCUCGAGUUCUCACCUGGCACAGCCUUCUAACAGUUCUGCCCGGCAGGAAAGCACCAGCAAAACAGAACCAAAUUGUUCUAAGAAUAAAGACCUAUAUCAAAAACAAGUGGAAAUAAUGUUAGAUGUGACAGAUACAAGUAUGGAUACUUACUUAGAAAGAGAAUGGGGUAAUAAGCCAAGUGAUUGUGCACCCUAUAAAGCCGAAGAACUAUAUGACCUUCCAGCUCCUUGUACUCCUUUGUCCCUUAGUUGCCUUCAGCUCAGUACUCCAGAAAAUAGAGAGAACUCUGUGGGAAAAGCAGGAUGCUCCAAAAAUCACUCAAACCAUCUCAGAAAAUUGGUGUUUGAUGAUUUUUGUGAUUCUCCAAAUGUUUGUAAUAAAGAAUCUUCAGAAGACGGCAGAAGUGAAAAUGAAAAGAAAUCGGAAUGUUUUCCUUCCCCAAAGACAGGGUUUUGGGAUUGUUGUUCCACAAGCUAUGCCCAAAGCUUAGAUUUUGAAAACUCAGAGGGGAACCUGAUAGCAAAUUCUGUUGGAGAAAUUUCUUCAAAAUUCAGUGAGAAAUCAGGCUCAUGUUUAUCCAAAAGGUUGAAUUCUAUUCGCUCUUUUGAAAUGAAUCGGACAAGAACAUCCAGUGAAGCCUCAAUGGAUGCAGCUUAUCUUGACAAAAUUUCUGAGCUAGAUUCUAUGAUGUCGGAAUCAGACAAUAGCAAGAGCCCUUGUAAUAACGGUUUUAAGUCAGUGGAUUUGGAUGGGUUAUCAAAGUCAUCUCAAGGCAGUGAAUUUCUUGAGGAACCAGAUGAGUUGGAAGAAAGAACUAAGCCAGACCUUUCCAAAGGUUCUCUAACUACUGGUCAGUUAGAAAAUGGAAAUGAAUGGAAACCCACUUCUUAUUUUUUCCUCUCUCCAUCUGACCAGGAAAUGAAUGAAGAUUUUUCACUUCAUCCCAGUUCUGACUCAGGAACGACUGAAAUCAAACCCCCAAGCUGUUUGUUUCAGACUGAGUUUUCUCAGAGUGUUUUGUUAAGCAGUUCACACCGGCUAUUUGAAGAUCAAAGAUUUGAGUCAUCUUUGUUUAAGAUGUCCUCAGAGAUGCAUGGUCUUCAUAACCACCUUCAGUCUCCUUGGUCUACUUCUUUUGUGCCUGAAAAGAGGAAUAAAAAUGUGAAUCAAUCAACAAAAAGAAAAAUCCAGAGCAGCCUUUCCAAUGCCAGCCCAUCAAAAGCAACUAAAAGUUGACUCAUUAGAAAGCUGUCAUUUAUGUUUUUGUCCUGAAAGGAAUAUAAGUUUUUAAAGUACUUUUUUCCCCGCUUAUAAAUGUUCUAUAUGAUUUUGAAUUGGUAAUCUUUUAGUCAAGUGUCAAGUCAGAAUGUGGAUUAGCCUGUAUCAGAAUACUUUUGUCCAUUUUGAGCAGUUUGUUCUUUUUUUUUUUUCAUUUGGGAAUCUUUUUUACCAGAAAAGGUAAAGAGAUGGUUUCUUUUUAAUGAAUAGUGUAUGUGUCUGGAUUUGAUAUAUUAUAUUUUGAAUCUUGAUUUAACUGUUAGCUAUAAUGGCCUAUUAAUGAGCCUUUAAUAGAACUUGGAUUCCUUAAGUAAAACUUUAAGUUUUGUCUACACACUGCUCAUAAGACACUUGAGUUUCUUUAAAGCUUUCCCUAGGGUGGGUGUUAUUUUGCCUGCCCCCUUUAAUUUAUGUUUAGUGGUGGCCUAGGCCAUGAUGGAAAAUUAGCACUCUAACCCUAUACCAAUAUUCAUUUACUUUUUUUUUUUUUAGGUUUUACAUGUAUGUUUGCAUUUUUAAUACUGUGUUUUGUUCAAUUUUUGUAAAAAAUAUUUUUUGCUAGUAUGAAAGAAUACAUUUCUAUUUGAAAAUAUUUGUUUUAUGUCAGAGAACUUUCAUUUGCUCAUCUUUGUGUGCAUGUUGAAGAUCAGAAAUUGAGCUUGUUUUGGGGGGAAGAAAAAAAAAAGGCAUGGAACAGUUGGGUUUAGAGGAGCCUAAAAUGGUAGCUUCAUUGUUCCAGACUUAGAGGUGCAAAAGCACUCACCGACAAGUUCUUGAUCCACUUACAUCCCAGGGAAGCUUUUUGGAGCAAUGAUGUUCCUCUUUGCAUGUUCUGUUCUCUGUGAAAACUCUAUGCAUGGUAGCGUUCUUGCUUGCACUAUUUUUUUCUUAAGAAAAAGAAGUUUCAGUUGGCUAAUAGAAUACCUUUUAUGUAGGACAAAUUUUUUUUUUUUCAUGAAAAGUGGGUGAGAUCAGGUCAGCUAAGCACAAUUUUUAAUUUAGGCUAUGAAAAUGUAUAUUCUAAACAUGUUUGGUAGGCCUAUGUAGGCUUUUAAAAAUGGUUUGUAUGUCAAUGACUUGUUUAUCUAAUGUGCACUGAACAAUUUUACAUUAAUACUGUACUGUUUUACAUUAAUACUGCAUGCUUUUCUAUGUGAAUUGAAUAAAGGCUGUCAUAAGCACUCUUAACCCAU